UGACAGAUGGGCACCGCCAUGCCUGUCUCAGACUCCCAAAAGUGGCUGGGAUCCACUAGAGGCUGAGGCCACGCAUGCCCAGCUGCCUUCACCUGGCCGCCUUCCUGCUUCUUGGCCAGUCAAGAGCUGUUUACAGGUGUCAUUCACACACCAGUUGGCAACCAAGCUUCAGAGGUUUUCCAAGCAGUCGCUGCCUUUCAUCUGGGUGGACGGGAGAAGGAACAGCUAUAAUUGAUGUCUGAGAUUCUGAGAACAUAAACCCUGGUUGCUGUCUUCUUACUGGAUGGAACCUGCCUCAGCAGCCCAUUGAGGGUUAUUUCCCUUAGGAUCCUGGACUCGUCAGUAGGACUUCAGACAGGGAAGAUGCUGAGUUCUAUCAAGUGCGUGUUGGUAGGGGACAGUGCUGUGGGGAAAACCUCACUGCUGGUGCGCUUCACCUCUGAGACCUUCCCGGAGGCCUACAAGCCCACUGUGUACGAGAAUACUGGCGUGGACGUCUUUAUGGAUGGCAUCCAGAUCAGCCUGGGCCUCUGGGACACAGCCGGCAAUGAUGCCUUCCGAAGCAUCCGCCCCCUGUCCUACCAGCAGGCGGAUGUGGUACUCAUGUGCUACUCGGUGGCCAAUCAUAGCUCAUUCCUGAACUUGAAGAACAAAUGGAUUAAUGAGAUCAGGAGCAACCUACCCUGUACCCCAGUGCUGGUUGUGGCCACACAGACUGACCAGAGAGAGGUAGGACCCCACAGGGCCUCUUGCAUCAAUGCCUUAGAAGGGAAGAGGCUUGCCCAGGACGUGCGAGCCAAGGGCUACCUGGAGUGCUCAGCCCUUAGCAACCGGGGAGUACAGCAGGUAUUUGAAUGUGCUGUCAGAACGGCUGUCAACCAGGCCAGGAGACGGAACAGAAGGAAGCUCUUCUCCAUCAAUGAGUGCAAGAUCUUCUAAACCCCAACACCCGACACUCGUGAACAUACCUCAAAGACUAACGGGAGAGGGGAAGGUGCCACGCCUUUCUUGGCACAUUUGAACAGCCUUUCUUUCUGGAUGGAGUUAUCAAGGGGGUUGGUCACCGAUGCUUCCACUAACUGAACUCUACAGAUAAACUCUUCACCCAGCACAGCCAGAGAGAUUCCUUGGGAAGCCAAAUGAAUAGUCCAUCUUCAAUGAAAGACUAAACAAUCAUCCUAAUUUAGACAAUGAAGUGAAUUUCCCAAGUAUGUUAUAUUUAAACUCACAUUUUAUUUAAACAAUAGUAAUCAGCUAAAUAGCUUUUGUUUUCAUGCUUGGGAAGUUUUUUCUUUGAAAAGGCAAACUGCUGUAUGAGGGAAAUAAC